AUGCCACAAGGUGCUCGCAAUAUCAUUCGAUCCAAUGACUCACCUAGUUUAUGGAACUUGACGCUCUCACCUGGCUGGACUGAUCAAGAAUCAGAAGCACUUCGACUUGCUGUUAUGAAGUUUGGCAUUGGCAACUGGGCAAAGAUUAGAGAAUGCCAAGUUCUACCUUACAAAACCAAUGCACAGUUGAACCUACAACUACAAAGACUAUUGGGCCAACAAAGUACGGCUGAAUUUGCUGGACUUCAUAUCGAUCCCAAGGUCAUUGGAGCAAAGAACGCCAAGAUUCAAGGGCCCAGCAUUAGACGCAAAAAUAAUUGCAUUGUGAAUACAGGAAACGCACUGACGAAACAAGAGCUAAAGGCGAAAGUCUUGCAUAAUAAACAGCAAUAUGAAAUCCCUGAAUCAGAAUGGUCAACGAUAGAGCUGCCCAAGAUUGAGAACGUAGGUACAUUUGCUCAUGAUGUAUACACUGCCAAUUGA